UCUUGACUCCGGGACAGCAGCUGAGGGCUGAGGCAGAAGCAGAUCAGUUUGCACUCCUUGGACUCCGCAGUCAGCCUCCAUUGGCUCUGACACAACUGGACACGAGUCUUUUACUUUUUCUUUUUCUCUCUCUUUUUAAAAAAAAAAAAAUCAUCCUCUAUUUGCAGUCAUGGCGGACACCUCCUGGAAGGAAACCAAUCACCUUUUUUAAGAGUUUGAAACGUCCUCCACUCAUCUUGCUCCUGUGCGGAGACUUUGACUCCGCGGACCCCCUAAAUGCCUUUCAUUGAGAAAAGGCUUCGGACGUUCAGUGUUGUGAAUGUGUACAAGCAGCAGAUUACUUGAAUAAGAUGGGUAAUAAGCAAACAAUAUUUACCGACGAGCAACUUGAUGCCUACCAGGACUGUACAUUUUUCACCCGCAAAGAAAUUCUGCGGUUGCAUGGCAGAUACCAUGAGUUGGCUCCACAUCUUGUACCAAUGGACUACACCAAUGAUCCUGAUUGCAAACUGCCUUUAGCCUUGAUAGUCAACAUGCCAGAGUUAAAGGAAAACCCAUUUCGCAACAGGAUCGUAGAGUCUUUCUCAGAGGAUGGGAUGGGGAAUCUCAGCUUCAAUGAAUUUGUGGACAUGUUCUCAGUCCUCAGUGAAACGGCUCCUAGAGAACUCAAGGCCAUAUAUGCCUUCAAAAUAUAUGAUUUCAAUGUGGAUAAUUACCUGUGCAAAGAGGACCUGGAAAAGACUCUGAAUAGGCUGACGAAAGAGGAGCUGACUCCUGAGGAGGUGGAUCUGGUGUGUGAGAAGACCAUCGAGGAGGCGGAUUUGGAUGGAGACAACAAACUCUCCUUUGCUGAUUUUGAAAAUAUGAUAUCUAGGGCUCCUGACUUUUUAAGUACCUUCCAUAUACGAAUCUGAGAGGGCUCCGUGGAAGGUUUCCAAGGUGGACGGCGUGAUGAACCUCAGGACUCCGCCUGAACCACGUCCUGGCCACAGCACAGUGCCUGUCUUCCACUCCCAUCGUCAGAAAAAAACCACACAUCAGUGCUCUGCGGCCUCAGCGAAGUCUGCUUAGUUAGAAAGCAGAAUACUGGGUAAACCUGAAUUCCCAGUACCCUGAAUUUCCAUACUGUGGAUGAAAAUGUUUUUUCCUCAAAGGGCUUGACCUGGAUUGGUCUCUUGUUGGGAGAAAAGGUCAUUCUUCCACAUUUUAUGUUUGAAAAAUGGGAAAUGAAACGAGUCUAAAAUGAGCCAGACUCUGGGCUGCCUCUUAUUGAGCACAUUCAAGAAUGCAUAAAAUGCUUAUCUACCUACAGUGUAUUGCACGUCUUCCUACAA